AUGGAUUUUGCUAUGGGUUUUCCUCGAUCAAGGCAAGGACAUGAUAUUAUUUGGGUGCUUGUCAAUCGAUUAACAAAGUCUGUACAUUUUCUUUUGAUCAAACAGAUGGAUCCGAUGGAUAAGUUAGCUCAGGGUAUUCAGCAAGGUUUGGGUACGAAGUUGCAUUUCAGUACUGCUUUUCAUCCGCAGACUGAUGGAUGUUAUCAGUCAAGUAUUGGUAUAACACCUUACAAAGCUUUAUAUGGCCGAAAGUGUAGAACACCUUUAACUCUGACUGAAGUGGGAGAUAGACAAGAAAUGGGUUCAACUUUUAUAGAUGAAACUGUUAAGAAAAUAAAUAUGAUUAAAGAAAGAUUGAAAGCUGCACAUGACAGGCAACAAAGGUAUUACAUUCAGAAGGACAAGUUUGUAGAAUUUCAGGUUGGUGACUUUGUCUAUGUCAAAGUUAGUCCGAUAAAAGGCGUCAAUAGAUUUGGAAGAGUAUGUAAGCUUAGUCCAAGGUAUGUCGGACCUUUUGAGAUCAUUGAAAGGAUUGGAAAGUCUGCUUAUAGAUUAUUAUUGCCUGAUCAAAUGUCCGAUAUACAUAAUAUUUUUCACGUAUCUUCUUUGAGAAAGUGGAUGUCUGAUUCUGAAAAGAAACUAUCUGCUUAUGAUGUGGAGAUUCAGGAGAAUCUGCAGUACAAGGAAGAGCCUAAACAGAUUUUGGCUUAUGAUGUUCGCAAGUUAAGAAAUAAAUAG